CGAACUUAGGUUUGAUCAAAGUUAUUAGUUGUGGUUGGUUUGCAAAGGACUUCUUGUUUGAUCGAAUUAUUGAGGGAGAGGGGACACUCAUUUUCAGACUAUUCAAUGUUCGAUUAGAAUGAGAGAGUGACAAAGAAAGAGAUGACGAGAUUUGAUUCCUUCAUUUUCCCAGACCUUCCCCUUCUCUUUCUCUCAGCCCUCAUCUCUGAAAUAGUCAAACUCUGCGUUCCCUUCCUCCUUCUCUGCUUACCCUCCAUGUUUAUAUAAAUCUCUUUCCCUCCCAUCCAUUUGCUACCAACUUGCAGCCCUCUGUCCCUCUCUUUUCAUUCUUAUCCCUGCAACUUGUAUAAAAAAAACUAGCUCUACCCACAACCAUUUUCGCAGUGUGCAGUAAUUUGAACGGAAGCUCAAGUUGGGGCUGGAGCAAGCCUUUGCAAAUCCGUUUGUCGGUUCAGUCUUCUGGGGGUUUUGAUCGAUUUUGAGAGAUGUCGUCCUACGGGAGCAACAUGGAGCGGACUCUGGAGGAGACGCCGACGUGGGCCGUCGCCGCCGUGUGUUUCGUGCUGGUCGUUAUCUCCAUCUUCAUCGAACAGCUGAUCCAUCUCGCCCACAAGUGGCUGCAUAAGCUGCACAAGCCAGCUCUAGUGGAGGCGCUGGAGAAAGUGAAGGCGGAGCUGAUGCUGCUGGGUUUCCUGUCGUUGCUGCUCACGGUGUUCCAAACCCCAAUCUCGAGCAUUUGCGUCUCCCAGAAGAUUGGAGCUUCUUGGCAUCCUUGCAACAAGAAGGAAGAGAAAUCGGCCGAUUCAGGGGACAACCGCCGUCGCCUUCUCGGGUUCUUGGAUCCUGAUGUGGUCGUGAGGCGAAGCUUGGCCACAAAAGGAGUUGACAAGUGUACUGAAAAGGGAAAAGUAGCGUUUGUGUCGGCGUAUGGUAUUCAUCAGCUGCAUAUAUUUAUCUUCGUGCUGGCUGUUUUCCACAUCCUUUACUGCAUCCUCACCUAUGCCCUGGGAAGAACCAAGAUGAGGAAGUGGAGGCAAUGGGAGGAUGAGACCAAGACACUAGAGUAUCAGUACCAUAAUGAUCCAGAGAGAUUCAGGUUUGCAAGGGAUACAUCUUUUGGGCGUCGCCACUUGAAAAUUUGGAGCAAGUCUACAAUUCUUCUUUGGAUUGUCUGCUUCUUCAGACAGUUCUUCAGAUCAGUGACCAAGGUGGAUUACAUGACCCUGAGACAUGGGUUUAUCGCGGCACAUUUGGCACCUGGGAGUGAGAGCAGAUUCGACUUCCAGAAAUACGUCAACAGAUCACUAGAGGACGACUUCAAAGUUGUUGUAGGGAUCAGUCCGGUUCUGUGGUUUUUUGCAGUGUUGUUCCUGAUGUCCAACACACAUGGAUGGUUUGCUUAUCUCUGGCUACCCUUCAUUCCAUUAAUUAUAAUCCUGGUGGUGGGAGUAAAGCUUCAAGUGAUCAUAACCCAGCUGGGACUCCGAAUUCAGGACAGAGGCGACGUCGUGAAAGGCGCCCCUGUCGUUCAACCAGGAGACGACCUCUUCUGGUUCGGCAGCCCUCGCCUCAUCCUCUCCCUCAUCCAUUUCUGCCUCUUCCAGAACGCCUUCCAGCUCGCCUUCUUCAUCUGGAGCGUGUAUGAAUUCGGUAUCAAAACUUGCUUCCACGAGAAGACCGAGGACAUCGUCAUCCGAGUCGUCAUGGGGUAAGCAAGAGUCCUAGUCACCAAAACACUUUUACAUAGUAUCAUGCUUUUUACUUACAAUUGUGAUCAAAAUCUACGCUUUAAACCUUAAAGCUAACGCUCUUACGUUCUCAGAUCACCAAAAUGCUUCCACGUAGAAUCGCGAUUUUGACUGCAUCGCUGAUGAUAUAUAUUAUGCAGGGUGAUAAUCCAGGUGCUCUGCAGUUACGUGACCCUGCCGCUGUACGCCCUGGUGACACAAAUGGGUUCCAACAUGCGGCCGACCAUCUUCAACGACCGGGUGGCGACGGCGCUCAAGAACUGGCACCGGACGGCGAGGAGGCAGACCCGGCACGGCACGCCGACCUCCAGCCGGCCGCAGACGCCGACGCACGGCAUGUCCCCUGUCCACCUCCUCCACAACUACAGGAGCAGCACGGCUCCGGACAGCCUCAUGAACUCUCCGGCCAGAAACUCCAACUUCGACACCGAUCAGUGGGACCCGGAGGCCCUGAACUCGCCGUCUCACCACAACUUCAGCAGCCACGGCGGCAGCAGCGCCGCCGCCGGGCACCGGGAGGCAGAGGAUCAGUUCCAGUACAACAUGAGUUUGAGGCAGCAGAAGCCGCCGCAGCAGCUGCAGCUUGAGGAGGAGCAGGAGGGGGGAGAGGAUGUGGUGGUGGCGGUGAGGAAUAUAGAGCGGGUGGCGGCGGAGGAGAUGCGGCUGCCGCCGGGGCCUGGAUCGAUCAGGACGCAGCAUGAGAUGAACAUUGGGUUGUCGGAUUUCACUUUCAGGAAAGGGUAGAGAUCAGAAUUCAGAGCUAUAUAUAUAGAGAGAGAGAGGAACUGAAUCCGGUGGUAUCUGAGUUUUCUUAAUUUUUGGAUUAGAGAUGGAUGGAAUGUACAUUCUGUUGUACAUGAUGAUAAAAUUGAAAGCCAUGUAUUGUAUAGAAUUGUCAAUUGUUUGUUGUACCAAAGAGAAGGGGAUAUUAGGUUGAAACACUCCAUAAAAGUUGUAAGGAAGGCUGGUUAAUUAACGGUUCAUCACUUGUCCCCUUUUAGUCCAAAUAAUAUUAGGCUACAAAUAGUGUUGAUAAAAAAAAUCAAUUGGACAAAAUUUUGAUAAGAAUCAAUUAGAACUGGGAGUUAUGUAUUAUAGGAUGAAUG